AUGUUCAACGCCAUCACCAACACUUCGUCAACUUCCAUUAUUAAAGACGCACUGCCCUCUUUUAAGGACAUAUACCCUUUAAAGAAUAUAUUUUUGCUUGCAUAUAGGGCACUUGAUGAGAUGGAUCAAACUGAGCACCAGGAGCUCCUAGAAGGUGGCCGAGUAGUCCGUGAUAAGUACCAGUUGCUUAGAAGGAUUCUGCAGUUUCUUGUCGCUGGGCUGUCUCUCUUCUCUUUGUUUCUUUGCUUCUACAUGGGCUUUUCUUUGUUUCCAAAAUCCUUCUGUGUCUACUUCAAUGCUCGUCUACUCUCACUCUUUGCUCAUACACUUGAAAGGAAGUACAUGUUUCUCAUUUGCAAUGGAAUCCUUGCUUUUCUCGCCAAGAGUUCAAUUUCUUGCACAUCUUCAUCUUCUAGGUUUGAUCUUGUUGACCAGUUAUCGCCAAUGAAACCAACUGUUGCUGAUAUUGCAUCCAUUCAAGAAGUUGCUUUGUCAGCCAAAGCAGAAGAAGCAGACAAAGAAGAAGAAGAAGUAGAAGAAGCAGCACCAGCAGCUGCAAAUCAUGAACAAGAACUACAAGAACAAGAGAGAGAGACUUUGCAGAAGGGAGAAGGUGAAGAUUUGACAGUAGAAGAUGAAGGAAAUGAAGAAGAAAGAGGAGGGGGUUUAGUGUGGAAAAACGAAGAAGAUGACCAAGAAGAAGAAGAAGAAAAUGAGGAGGUAGCUAGUACAGAGGAAUUGAACCGGAAAGUUGAAGAGUUUAUAAGGAAAAUGAAGGAAGAAAUCAGGGUUGAAGCUUACCAACAAUUAAUUGCAGUGUAA